AUGGAGCUGAAAGUUUCAUCUCCAAAACCUGAGUCUGUUGCACCAUCUGAUUGUGUUAGUGAUCCAGAGGAAAAGGAAGUGAGUGAAGAUGAUGAUGAUGACCGGAAUCAUAAGCAUCGAAGGAGGGAAGCUCGUUCUCAAUCUUUGGAGAGAGAUAUUUCAGAUCCUGUUGUCAGUAGGCCAUUCAAAAAGCGUAACAAAAAUUUUGGGAAUAGGCAUCCCUUCAGAGAAAAUGAAUCGCAAGCCUUUGAAACACUGAAAACUUACAGCGAUGCCACCACAGAUAAAGAUAUAUACUUCAAGUUUGAUAGAAGACGCCCUGGCUUGACUACAGUUCCUCGAACACCUUUAGAUAUGAAUCAAAGACUGCGAGGAAACCAAUCUUUUACUGGAGAUCCCGGUGUUGGCAGGGGAAGAGGCAGGGAAUCUGGUUUUUGGAAUCAACGUGAACCUAGGUUUGGCUCAAUGGAUGUUGCUUCACAAAUGGUUCCGCAAGGGUCCAUUCCUCCUAGCCUCUAUGCUGGACGUGGGUUACCCAAUGUUUCAAAUGCACAAAAUGCAUCCUGGAAUACGUUUGGUUUAAUUCCAGCGGUGCCCAAUGGUGGUCUAGAAAUGCUUCAUCCAAUGGGUUUACAAGGAACGCUCAGACCACCUAUUAAUUCAUCUUUGAAUGUGAAUAUUCCUCGCCAACGAUGUAGAGAUUUUGAGGAACGUGGAUUUUGUCUUAGAGGGGACAUGUGUCCUAUGGAGCACGGUGUUAAUCGGAUUGUCAUUGAAGAUGUUCAGAGUCUUUCACAGUUCAACCUUCCCGUAUCACUUCCAAAUGCACACCUAAUUGGAGCUCCUGCUGGAUCUGGAUCUUUACAUUCAUUAAAUGCUUCUACCACUUCGAUGAACAACAAAUGUUUACCUGGAAAAGUUUCUAAGCCUGUAGUCAAUGAUGAUGGUUUGGAUUUGAAUGGUGCUUAUACUGGUCCGGCUGGUUGCACAAGUGGAACUGAUCUUUAUGAUCCUGAUCAACCACUUUGGAAUGAUAGUGGUCUAGAGUCUUCAAAUGCACUCCUAACUCUUCAGUCAUCUAAGAGUGAUGAAACUGAGCCCAUAUCGAAUGAUCCUCCAGAUAGUGAUUGUCCAGUUGGAGCUGCCAGAGCAUCUGUCAGUUCACAAGGUGCCAGUUCAUCUGUUUGGGCCAGAAUUGGUAGUUCAAAAAAUAGAUUUGACAUGAAAGAAAAAACUAACACUACAAUGAGUUCCUUUCAUUAUCCUGAGAAUCAAUUAAAGGAAGAUAAUGAUGAAUUAGUCGGUGCUCACAAUGCUUCCUUUCAAGUGAAGCAAAACAUAGCAGAUGAUGCAGACCCAAAAGCCUUGGACACCUCUUUGAAAACGCAAACUGAUAGUAUGCGUACCAUACGAAAGUCAUCACAAAAGGCAUUGCGUACUCUAUUUGUAAAUGGAAUACCUCAGAAAAAUAACAAGAGAGAAGCUCUUCUAGCUCAUUUUAAGAAGUUUGGGGAAGUUAUUGACAUUUAUAUUCCAGUUAACAGUGAACGAGCUUUUGUGCAAUUCUCCAAGAGGGAAGAGGCUGAAGCUGCUUUGAAGGCGCCAGAUGCUGUGAUGGGUAAUCGUUUUAUCAAGCUUUGGUGGGCUAAUCGCGAUAGCAUUCGCAGUGAUAGUACCACAAGUGGGAAUGGCAUGAUUGUAAAUCCCCGUGGGCAAGCACCUGCUUUUGUUCCAUCUCAUCCUGUUGUCUCUGAUAGGGGGAAAGACAUCCAUCAAACUGAUGCUUCAAAGACUACAUAUGAAGUAUCAUCGCCUACUGAUCAACCUAGGCCAGUCAGCACUGAUGGACCCAAGGUUCCACCUCCUUUGCAGAAGAAGCUUGUAAACUUGGAGAAUCUAAAGGAAGAACUGCGCAAGAAGCAGGAAAUGCUAGAUCAAAAGCGCAAUGAGUUCAAGCGCCAGUUGAACAAAUUUGAGAAACAAGCUUCUGGACUCAAGGGUGAGUUAUCUAAUGAGCAAGCUGCCAAGAGGCUCAAAUUGGGCACAACACCUGAUGUUGCCAAACUGGCUUCUCAAUCAUCGGAUGCUGAUGUUGGUAUGACAUCUCCAUACACAGAGGCAGUAGCUGAUAAGAAUAAACAGCUGGUCAGUACUUUAUCCCAAAGUCCUAAAACAAGUACAGCAGCAAAACUGCAAGAAUCUACAGGCUUAAAGCACCCUAUUCAACCAGUAAUGCCUGUAAAUAGAUACAAAUUGGACAAUCGUCCUGCUGCAUUUCGUAUCAUCCCACCUUUGCCAGCUGGUCUAGCUAAUGUUGCUGUUUUGAAGGAGCACUUCUCACAUUAUGGCGAACUUUCUUCCGUAGAGCUAGAAGACGUUCAAAUCAAUGAUACUAGCCAACAAGAGGCACACAUUACUUUUACCACUCGUUGGGCAGCUGAGAGGGCGUAUAGUAAUGGUAAAUGCUGGAAAGACCAGAAUCUGAAAUUCAUGUGGAUAACACCUACUAGUUCUAGUAAUGCGACUACUGGUAGUAGAGAACGUUCUUUAUCCACUCCCAAGGAACCCAUAGAUUCAGAUGACCAUUCUAAAGAAAAAAUAGGAAACUCUCUGAACCAACAAGUAAUUGAAUCAGAUGGUGAGAAUAAAAAUUCUGAAACUAGGAAUGGUUUGGAGCUUAUGGAAAUGGAACCAAGUGAAGAUUCCCAGUCUACCACGAGGCAAGUUUCUUCUCCCAAACACUCACCUGAGGGCAGUGUCUGUUGA